CAUCCACUUCCACAUCUGAAAAUUAACCUUAUUCAAGUCUUAGGAUAAAAUUGAGACUGAUGGAAAAAUUGAAGGUUUCUGUAUCAGUACAUGUUGUUUUGCUAACCCUUCUAUUUUUUUCAGCUUUUAAGGUUCUAAAUGGUCAAAUAAACACGGCGUGUACAGGUUCAAUACUUAGCACUUUCACCCCUUGUUUUAAUUACCUUACUGGAAGCAGUGGCAAUGGGUCUUCCCCAACUGAAGAUUGUUGCAAUUCACUUAAAUCAUCAAUGAGUGGUAGCAUAGAUUGUGUAUGUCUUAUUGUUACUGGAAAUGUUCCUGUCUCCAUACCAUUUAUUCGUACUUUGGCACUUUCACUUCCUCAAGCUUGUAAUACUGGUGUGCCUGUCCAGUGCAGUGCCUCAGGUGUUCCUCUUCCACCUCCAGGUCCGGCUUUGUUCGUGCCGAGCCCUGCACCAGCUCCUCCUCCUCAUCGUCACCAUCAUGCUCCUGCUCAUCCUCCUCGUGCUGCUGCUUUUCCUCCUCAUGGUCCACGAGUUGCUAAAGCAUCGGCAGAACCAACGGCAGAAGUUGAUCCACCAACAGUAGAAGAUGAUGAACCGACUGUUGAAAAACCCACCGCCUCAACACCAAAACCUUCAUUACUUCCAAAGACAACUUCAGGGAUUAGACCAGUGCUUCAAAAUCCCAACACCAAUACAUCAGCUGCUAAUCCAUCUUAUUAUAUUUCUUCAUUCCAUUCUCUUAUCCUAAUGCUUACUGCAAUUUUAUUUGUUGACAAAUCAAUGUUUUAAGAUCAUCUUGCACUGUAAUUUUGUACUAAAAGAAUGUAAGCGGCCAUUCAAGCCAGUUAUAUGCAUAUUGCGAAAGUUACGUCAAAAGAAAUUCUACUUUAUCGUAAAGCAGAGAAAAAGGAAAAGUGAUUUGGAUUUCA